AUGGCCUCCAAUGCCCAGGCGUUUCCUGAGGAGAAAGUAUCCUCCAGGCCCCCCUCUAACUUCGAUCCAGGCAGCUAUGUUGAAGUGACUGAUCCAACCACCCACUUACCCUCAAAAGUAUUGAUACAAGACAUUACUGUGGAGCUACACUGCCCCCUGUGUAAAGAUUGGUUCCGCGAUCCACUGAUGCUGAACUGUGGUCACAACUUCUGCCAAAGCUGUAUCCAAAACUACUGGAAAAUGCAUGCAAAGGAAACGUUCUGUCCUGAGUGUAAGAUGCUGUGCCAGUAUAGCAGCUGCACAUUCAACCUUGUGCUGGAGAAGCUGGUGGAGAAGAUCAAGAAGUUGCCCCUGCUCAAGGGCCAUCCGCAGUGCCCAGAGCACGGAGAGAACCUGAAACUGUUCAGUAAGCCAGAUGGGAAACUCAUCUGCUUUCAAUGCAAGGAUGCACGGCUGUCUAUGGGGCAGUCUAAGGAUUUCCUGCAAAUCUCUGACGCUGUCCGUUUCUUCACGGAGGAGCUUGCCAUCUAUCAUAACCAACUUCAGGCAACCGUGAAGGAGCUUCAGUCUCUCAGAACGAUGCAGAAAGAUGCUAUUGCUGCUUACAAGGACAACAAGCUACAACUGCAACAAUACCUUUCCUUGGAGUUUCUAAAGCUGCAUCAGUUCCUGCACAACAAAGAAAAGGACAUUCUAAAUGACCUCCGGGAUGAGGGAAAACUCUUGAAUGAGGAGAUGGAGGUGAAUUUGAACCAGAUUCAGGAGCAGUGUCUCCUUGCCAAAGACAUGCUGGUGAACAUUCAGAUACGGAUGGAACAGCAGAACUCAUUUGACUUCCUCAAAGACAUCACGAAGCUCCUAGAAAACACAGAGAAAGGAAUGAAGGCAUUCUCACCCAGACAAGUUAUCGCCAAAAAGCUGAACACAGGUGUCUUCAAAGGUCCCACCCAGUAUAUGAUCUGGAGGGAAAUGCAGUCCGUUCUCAGUCCAGGUUUAACUCAACUAACUCUGGAUCCUAAAACAGCUCAUCCAAAUCUGGUGCUAUCCAAAAGCCGGACCAGUGUAUAUCAUGGUGAUGUUAAGCAGGUAAUGCCUGAUGAUCCAGAGAGGUUUGAUUCAAGCGUGGCGGUACUGGGCUCAAAAGGCUUCACCUCUGGAAAGUGGUACUGGGAAGUAGAAGUAGCAAAGAAGACCAAAUGGACAGUUGGAGUCGCCAGAGAAUCCAUCAUUCGAAAAGGGAGCUGCCCUCUGACCCCAGAGCAAGGAUUCUGGCUUUUAAGACUAAGGAACCAAAAUGACCUAAAGGCUCUGGAUCUGCCUUCCUGUAGUCUGAAAAUGGCUGUUCUCAACCGGGUGGGUGUGUACCUAGAUUAUGAGGGAGGGCAGGUGUCCUUCUAUAAUGCUGCAACCAUGGACCAUCUGUACACCUUCAGUAGUCUUUUCACGGAGAAACUUUUCCCUUACUUCUGCCCCUGCCUUAAUGAUGGUGGGGAGAAUAAAGAACCAUUGCACAUCGUACAGCCACAGUAAUUAGUCAUACUAUUGUAUAAAUUCAGAGCGUUAUUAAAGUAUUGAAAUAGUUUACCAAUUUCACUGCAUUCUCUUUCCAAUUUAUGGGGAACUCAAAGUAACAAAAGCAGGAUUCGGAAGCUGACAUGUCAGUUUCAUAUAUGGAUUUUGUUUCGCUGAGCCUUUCAAGAUAACAUUCUACUUCUCUGGGAUCUUCUAAGACACAGGAGCUACCCUGAGUGUGGUCCUCAUGUCUUGUUUCUGAAGCAAGGAGCAUAAUGAUCCUAAGAAGGAUGGAUUUUCACAUCGGCACUCUUCUUCCUGUUUAAUCAUUCCCCCCACGCCCCCCAGACUCAUAUUUAAUUAUAAAAUUCUAUCUCAUCUCUUUUCCAAAACAUGUUGCUAUAAAUUUGAAAAUUUGCUUCAGAGACUUAAAGCAGAAAAUGACCUGAAUUAGUUAUAAUCUUGUCUUCUGGCAGUCUCUCAACCACUUUUCAGCCUAGCAAAUCUUUGGUUCCUUUUCAUCCUCUCAGUUAUUUUUUCCUGCCUUUUUAGUGAGAGCUAUCUGUUUCUCUUACAUUAAGAUAUAGCCAUAUUUUCACCUGAUUUUGAAUCUGUCCUUUUUCAUAAGCCUUGUCUACAUUUUAAUUAACAGUAUUUUUCAUCCUACUCUCUUCACUACGUUCACUCUCUAGCUUGUUCCUUCUUUCUAGGUCUAGAGUUCUCAAAAUCCCCAGUACUCUUGAUAAAAUGGCCCUAGUUCCUCUCCUUGGGAUUCCCUUUCUAAAACUGCUUUUAUAUACAACAUGUAUACAUUUAUAAUAGAUGACUUUGGUAACUAGUGUGAUGUGAUUAAAAGGCUGCAUUUAAAACUUAAUAUUUUUAAACAAAAUAUCUUAUUUUUUCACUUAAUGUAUAUGCAUGUGUGUCUGAGUAUAUGCCACAUGGAUGCAGGUGCCUGUGGAGUUAUAAGUGGUUGUGAACUGCCUGAUGUGGCUGCUGGAACCAAACUUGGGUCCUCUGACAGAGCAGUAAAUGCUCUUAACCACUGAGCCAUUUGUCCAGCUCCUUCGUAUGUUGUCUAACAACUUCACUUCAACCAGAAUGUUUCGAGGAUGCAUUUUGAGCCUGGAACUUUGCUAGAUGUUGUCCCCUAUCAACUAACAUAUUCUUCUUAAUUAUUUUUAAAAAUACUAAAAAUACACAAUAAUGAAAGCAGGUGAUAGAUAUGUAGAGGUUUUCUGAGAAUGCUAAUAAAAAAUACUAAGCUUUAGAACCCAACAGUAAUGAAACACUGGCGGCUCCUGUGUGCUUCUUUCAGUCUUCAAGUAUUUGGUACCCUAUGCUUUGUAUGGAAACAUAGAUACAGGGCUGGAGAGAUGGCUCAGCAGUUAAGAGCACUUACUGCUCUUGCAGAGGACCCCACAGGGCUGCUUACAACCACCUGGACUUUCAGUUUCAGGGGAUCUGAUGCUUUCUUCUGACUUCGUCAGGUUCCUGAACACGUGUGAUACGCAUACUCAGGCAUACGCACAUACCAACAAAGAAUACAUAAAUAUUAUUUUUUAUAGAAGAAUUAUUUUAAAAAUAUAAACUGUAGCUGGUUUUCCUAUACAUGUAUAUUUUACUUUUUAUUAAAUAUUCAUGUAUUCCUAAAAUAUGUAUCUUCAUUUUACCACUUCUUUUGAACUUGAAAAUAAAUGGUAUCAUGUUGUUUGUCUUCCUGAGCUUUUUGAAAAUUCAAAAUUAUGAUGUACUAGUAUUCCUUCCCUUCUCCAUGGUUUAAUGUUUCACAGCUACAAUUACCUAUAGUCAUCUGUAGUCUGAAAACAUCAAUGGGAAAUUCCAGACGUAAAUGACACAUUAAUUUAAAAUUGUGUUUCUGAGCAUUGGAGGUGUAACUCAGUGGUAGAGCAUUUGCUUAUCAUAUAUGAGGUUUUGGGUUCAAUCCCCAGCACUAAAUAAACAAGUAAAUAAAUAAAAUCUGUAGUUCUGAGUCGUGCGAUAAUAUCUUAUGCCCAUCUGCUUCUUCCACUUGAGAUAGAGUAGCAUAUCCUCAGUGUAUGCAUUGACGUGAAUUCUGUGUCUUGGUAGUUGAGAGAAAACACAUUAACUUUUGUUCAGUAUAUUCUUAUAACUGUUCUAUUUUAUUAUUAGCUGUCAAUCUCUUACCUCAUAUAUAAAUUAAAUUGUCGUAGCGAUCUAUGUAUAGUGGUGGAAAGCAGUAUAGUAUAUAGUAUAUGCAGGGUCAAGAACUGCAUAUAUAUAGGGUCAAGGCUGCUAGCAUCCCCUUGGGAUGCUGAAAAGCAUCCCCUGUGCAUAAGGAGAACUAUUGUAUUUCGUCAUGUAAAAAAAUCCACUAGCAAUUGAAGGUCACUAGCGGAUAAAGGCAGCCUGACGACCUGAUUUGAUCCCUAGGACUCACAUGGAAGGACAGAACUGACUCCCUUAGGUUGUCCUCUGACCUCCACAUGCAAGCCAUGUCACCCUUCAAAUUAAGAAGUAGAUGUAAAGGAGAGGUAGUAAUUUAAAUACCCAGUGUACAGUGACUGUUUCCACGUUUCCUUUCUGUUAUUGUUGCUCUAAGCAAUUAAGCUGCCAUAAACAGUCAUGUGUGGCAUAUGUGCCAUAAACAGUCUUAUGUGGACCGCUGUAUGUGUACACGGGGGUAAGGGCUUCCUUAAGAGUGUACGUGAUGAAUGCUGGGGGACAUCAGACACAUAGCUUUAAGUAACGCUGACCUAUUGAUCAAAGCGGGAGAAGGAAUUCCUGUGACGGUCUUUGCCAAACACUUUUUAUUAGCAAGGGACAUACUGUUAUAUCGUUGUGGUUUUAAUUUCCCUAACUACCAUGUGAUUAGGCAUCUUUUCUGUGUUUAUUGGCCAUUUGUGAGUCUUUUACAGAAAAGUCUAUUCAGAUGUCUGCUGAAGUUCCUAAUUAGGUCAUUUCUCUCUUACUGUUUCAUAGGGCUACUUAAAUAUAUAUCCUGGGUACUAAUCCUUUGUUGAUUAUUUACGCUGCAGGUACCUUCCCCGUUUUGUGACUUUGUGUAUAU